AUGGGUGCCAAGACAGAAGAGCAAUCCGACCUGGGGAUAUUUGUGGUCCCCUCCCCAUACUGCAAGCGGCCUCAGAAGGUUGUAGAUUGUGUCCAGUCUUCAGAGAGACAGAUGUUACGACUGAACCCUGAUUUCUCUAUAAAUCCUAGACCCUUAAACGCCGAGCUUCAUAAUCGUAAGUGCUACAUGUGUUCAAUUAUUCCUCUUGCUGAUGUCAAAGUUCCCCGGAAGUCUAAUAGCCAGGAUGCCUCUCUCAAAUUGCGCAGUGGUGGUGAGCAAGUGGUAGUGCCAGAGGUAGGGUUUGGGUUCUCUGUUCACGAUGAGGCCAGUGUUCGCCUAGCACCACAGAGAGUGGCUACCCGCUGCGCCAGCUUCACACAUGAGCAGCAAGCCGGCUCAUCAUGGCGGACACAGAAACAGCCCCAGCAGGAGAGAAGGAGGCCAAGGGUGUGGGGCCCGGGGAUUUGGAGACCACUUUCCCCCAGCACGAUGACAGGAGCGAAGGCGUGGCUGCAGACUGUCCUUCCUCGCCCCUGUCACCCAAACCAGCAACACACACUAAGGAUGGACGAAGGCCGGACCAAGAGAGACACGUCUUCAUUAAUUAGUAUGUUUGUUACCUGGAUGACAAAGCUCCACCUGCUUGACACGCUCUCGCCACAGAAUGACACCCCGCCGGACACUGGAGGUACCCCAACCACUCAAACGAUGCCUUGGAAGGCUACACGUUCGUGCUCCUGCUGUUGGCCCAGAGUUGGCGCAUUCUACAGACAGGGCAUCAUGUCCAUCGUGACUUGUCUGGCAGCGCUUGCAAUCGGCAUGAUACACGCCUACCCUGCCGUGGCCCUGGCGCGCUGGGAGGAGGCGGACAUCAAGUUCUCAACCGUCCAGUCCACGUGGUUUGCGUCCACGCCGAUGGUAGUGUCGGUGGCGGUGAGCGUGAUGGCCGGGCUGGUAGUGGAGCGCCUUGGGGUCCGCCUGUGUCUGACCAUCGGCACACUCGCCCUUUGCCUCACCUGGGUCAUGAUCGCCCUGUCCAUUGACUUCAGGAUGCUCCUCAUCGCACGAGUCUUUCAGGGCUUCGUAGCCUCGGUGUACAUGGUAGUGAUCACUGUGUACCCCGUAGAGGUGAGUCAAGUGCGAUGGCGAGGCAUCAUGAUGGGCGUUGCGGAGGCCAUGGUGAUGCUGGGCGCCUUCCUGACCUAUCUGGGAGGUCUUAUCCUUCUCCCCACCCCUCUUGCCUUCACUUUCGUCGCCAUCCUCGGCCCCCAGCUCAUAUUAUUCUUCUUCCUGCGAGAGUCCCCGCUGUGGCUAGCUAGGCGGGACCGUGAGGACGACAUCGUGGACUCACUCAUGUGCCUUCGGGGUCGCGGAGUCGACAUCAAGCCCGAACUUGAACACAUCAAGUCCACCGUGUACACAGAGAGGAUACACAAGCCCACAGCUGCAGAACAGCUGCUGCUACUCAGGAAACCUCUGUACUUGAAGCCACUCAUUCUUUGCAUUUUGAUCCUACUCUUCAAAGAGCUUACAGGACAGUACGCCGCCCUCACAUACACCGUCAAGAUGUUCCGGAUGGCGGGUUCCAGUCUCGACCCUUACUGGUGUGCAGUGGUGAUGGGCGCGGUGCGGUUCCUGCCCUGCUUCCUGUCCUGGAUGUUGAUUGAAAGACUUCCACGCCGCCUCCUACUGUCCACUUGCAUGACAGUGGCAGGCGUAUCCCUUGCCGUUCUUGGGAUCUUCCUGUGGGUGUGGUCAAGCUCAAGCAAAGGUCUCGGACCCCACAUGGGAUGGGUGCCCAUCGUAUGCCUCUCAAUAUUCACUCUGGCUUAUGGGAUCGGCGUCGGUCCCAUCUCGUGGACAAUGGUGGCAGAGCUGCUCCCCUCCCAAGUGAGGAACGUUGGUGCGGGCAUCAUCAACUCUUGCUUCAGCCUCUUCCUGUUCCUGGUGGGACUCACCUUUCCCUUCAGCGUGGAGGCGGUGGGAGUGGGCGGAGUGUUCAUCGCAUACGCAUUGUGCUCACUGUGUGGAGUAAUCUUUGUGCUCACUUGUCUGCCUGAGACCAGAGGCAGAUCAUUCACUGAAAUACAGACUAACUUUGAUUCCUCAAAAGAGCCUUCUAAUGUGUUAUAGUUAUAUUAGUUCCCCUUCCUGCCUCAAUCAAUGUUAAGGAAACACAAAUUUGAAUAAACAUAACAAAGUUACCU